CAAAACUAGACAUCAACAUUAUUUUCUUCUCUUUCUUAAUUGCAACCAUUUCCUUUUUAAUUGCUGUUGCGUAACGGGAAUGGUUUUGCUCUCAUCAAGAUGUAAGAUUCAUAUGACAACGUCAAGAUGGAUCAUAAUAACGAUGACACUGAUGCUGAUGAGAAUAGGAGAAUCGAUGAGAUUGGAUCUGGAAUCAGGCAUGACCAAAUGCAUCUCCGACGACAUCAAAUUAAAUUACAUGACUGUAGGAACUUACACCGUCGUCAAUCCCAACGAAGCUCACCAUCUUCCUGCUUCCCACAAAAUCCAUGUCACUGUGACGUCACCUAAAGGGCGCACACAGCAUCAUGCAGAGAAUGUGGAGUCUGGGAAAUUCGUGUUCACGGCGAUGGAAGAUGGAGAUUACACAACAUGUUUUGUGGCUCCCGAAUUUAGACCUCCGGCGAAGUUCGCCGUUGAUUUCGAGUGGAAAAGUGGCGUCGAGGCUAAAGAUUGGGCCAACAUCGCCAAGAGAGACCAUAUCAACAUGCUGGAGGUGGAGGUAAGGAAACUACUGGAUACGACGGAAUCUAUACACGACGAAAUGUUUGAACUCCGGGAGAGGGAAAGGGAAAUGCAGGAGCUAAACCGAUCGACAAACUCAAGAAUGGCAGCUCUAAGUUUAAUUUCGUUGGUGUUUACAUUGUCGGUAGCCGGUUUACAACUAUGGCAUCUCAAGUCAUUCUUGGAGAGGAAAAAACUUCUCUAAAUUAGCAACAAGUUGUUUCUUUCACUAUGAUCACAUUUUGGUGUUCUCUCGGUUUGAACUUCUUUGUUUACUAAAAGAAUCACUAUUUAAUCUUGGAUUUUGAACAAUUUAAC